UGGGCGCUGGGAGAGGCCCCCAGAGCCAGCCGUGCAACACCGCGUCCCCCCAGAGUCAUGUCCCCGUUGGCCUGGCGCCUCCUCACCCUGGUGACCGUCCUCCUGGGCCUGGCGUCCUGCCUCGAGUGGAAGGCCGCCCACGGCCAGGACCCCUUCGAGAGGUGCAUGCACGACCCCGACUAUGAGCAGCUGCUCAAGGUCGUGACCCUGGGCCUCAACCGGACCUUGAGGCCCAGGAGGGUGAUCGUGGUCGGCGCUGGCGUGGCCGGGCUGGUGGCGGCCAAGGUGCUCAGCGACGCGGGACACAAGGUCACCAUCCUGGAGGCCGACAACAGGAUCGGGGGCCGCAUCUUGACCUUCCGGGACGGGAAGACGGGCUGGAUCGGGGAGCUGGGGGCCAUGCGCAUGCCCAGCUCGCACAGGAUCCUCCACGAGCUGUGCAAGAGCCUGGGGCUCAACCUGACCAAGUUCACCCAGUACGACGAGAACACGUGGACCGAGGUGAACGAGGUGAAGCUGCGCAACUACGUGGUGGAGAAGAUGCCCGAGAAGCUGGGCUACCGGCUGCUGCCCCGGGAGCGGGGCCGCUCACCCGAGGAGAUCUACCAGAUGGCGCUCAGCAAGGCCGUCAGAGACGUGAAGACCCUGGGCUGCAGGAAGGCCAUGAGGAAGUUUGAAAGGCACACGCUGCUGGAAUACCUCCUCGGGGAGGGCAACAUGAGCCAGCCGGCCGCGCGGCUGCUGGGAGACGUGAUGUCCAAGGACGGCUUCUUCUACCUCAGCUUCGCCGAGGCGCUGCGGGCGCACAGCUGCCUCAGCGACCAGCUCCGGUACAGCCGCAUCGCGGGCGGCUGGGACCUGCUGCCGCGCGCGCUGCUGAGCUCGCUGUCGGGCCCGGUGCUGCUGCACGCGCCGGUCGUGGCGCUGACGCAGGGCAGGCGCGAGGUGCGCGUGCACAUCGCCAACUCGCGCGGCGCGCGGACCCUGAAGGCCCUGAGCGCCGACGUGGCGGUGAUGACGGCCAGCGGGCCCGCGCUGCAGCGCGUCGCCUUCACGCCGCCGCUGCCGCGCCAGAGGCAGGAGGCGCUGCGCGCGCUGCACUACGUGCCGGCCACCAAGGUGUUCCUCAGCUUCCGCCGGCCCUUCUGGAACGACGAGCACAUCGAGGGCGGCCACUCGAGCACCGACCGCCCGUCGCGCAUCAUCUUCUACCCGCCGCCCGGCGAGGGCGCGCUGCUGCUGGCCGCGUACACCUGGUCGGACGCGACGGCCGCGUGCGGGCUGAGCCUGGAGGACGCGCUGCGCCUGGCGCUGGACGACGUGGCGGCGCUGCACGGCCCGAUCGUGUACCGGCUGUGGGACGGCAGCGGCGUGGUCAAGCGCUGGGCGGAGGACCCGCACAGCCAGGGCGGCUUCGUGGUGCAGCCGCCGACGCUCUGGCACACGCCCGGGGACGAGCGGCACGCCUACGACUGGGCCGUGCCCUACGGCCGCGUCUACUUCGCGGGGGAGCACACGGCCUACCCGCACGGCUGGGUGGAGACCGCCGUGAAGUCGGCGCUGCGCGCCGCGUUGCUCAUCAACAACCGGGAGUGGGAGCAGGAGCAGGAGCAGGAGCGCGGGCACAAGCACAAGCACGAGCACCCGCACGAGCACGAGCACCAGCACCGGGCGUCGGGCGGCGAGGAGGUGCUCGGCCAAGCGUCCACCAGCCACUUCCGCUCCGAGUUAGACAGGGGCGCCACCUACCUCCCGUUCCUGCAGCUGACCUCCCAGCAGCCCACGCACCAGAGGACCCCGCAUUAAAGUAUUUCGGAAACAGCUGUGUG